AUGGGAUCAACUACCGUCAUCCGCGGGUUCAAAGUCUCCGUCGUAACAUUCGAUGCCUUCCUUAAUGCCAACAACGUUUACGAGACGUGGGGAGGACCGCCCUUCUACCAAGACCAUCCAGACCAGGACCCUAUUUCCAGGUUGCUCUUCGCCAAGAUCUCCCAGUACGACUCGAAUGCCGAUAAGAAUAAGUUUCGCGUCCUCAUCCCGUCUAUUCGGGUGCGGGCACACCGCGAGCUUAAGAUGGACGAGGACCUGCCGGACGAGGUUCCGAAGGGCUUUGAGGAGCUGCGGCAGGAGAUUCUGGCGUACGGGAAAGACGUUGAUGAUGAGGGCAAGAUUGCAAACGAGGAAGAGCUAGGGAUAUAUAGCAAUAUUGCAGACGAGGGAAAGCUAGGGAUAUAUAUGGUAGUCACUUAUGAUAUUCGCGGCGAUUACGGCAUCGAGCUGGAUCGUUCCGACGGCUUGUUGUAA